AUGCGCGGACGGCAGCGGUGCGCGGACGGCAGCGGUGCGCGGACGGCAGCGGUGCGCGGACGGCAGCGGUGCGCGGACGGCAGCGGUGCGCGGACGGCAGCGGCAUCAAAGACAGGUGAAACCGAUGACAGCGACGAGCGAUCGAAAAAGCGCUCCGCCCGUCAUGGUGAAAACUCGCACCUCGAACAAUCCGAUGAGUCGAGAAAACAUGGCGAAAAGGUCGGUUUUCGGGAAAGUCGUCGAUUUUUUCGG